CCACGAUCUUUUAAUUGAAAAUUUCAGAGCUUUGUAGCACUUGCUUUGUUUUUCGACACUCUUUUGGAAUGUACUCCCUUCGAUAUUAUACUAUUAUAAGUAAAUUUAACUUUUUUGGUACAUUAAUAAAAUAAUAUAUUUGAUUCAAGUUGGCAGUGGGCGAAUAUUCAAGUUGGCAAGUAGUAGUAACCAACCAAUCCUAUGCUUAAUUCAUCACUAUAUAUAUUGUUCUUCAAUUAGAUCUACAAGUAACACGAUGAAGUCAUAUUCAUGUAAACUUCAAUUGCUCUUAAUUCUUCUCCUUAUCACUGUGAAUACAAGUACAUCCUUUUCUUUCAACUUAGAUUUUUUAAAAAAAAAUCCUACAGUUAAGUGGUUUGCAAAGCAGGCUGCAAAGAAAGUUGCUAAGGAAACUGCUAAAAGUGUUUUGAAUUAUACCAUAAACAAAAUCGAAAAUCCUGAAGAACCAUCUUUACCCGAAGAAGAGAUCGACGGCCUAUAUAUAAUCAAAGAGUACUUGAGUGAUUUUGGCUACCUCCAACAACAUGGGCCAUUUAAUAACUUAACAAACAACGAAACAACAUCCGCUAUUGAAAUCUACCAACGGAAUUUCAAUCUCCAAGCUAAAGGUAACCUAAACGUCGAGACUUUACAGCAAAUCUUGAUACCACGAUGUGGUGUCCCCGAUAUAAAUUUUGAGUACAAUUUGUCGGGUACAAAUACUAUUUCGUGGCCAAAAGGGAACAAGUGGUUCCCUGAAGGGACAAACAAUCUUACCUAUGGUUUCGCUCCUGAGAGUAAAAUCCCACUCAACGCGACAAAAGUGUUUAGAAAUGCCUUGACACGAUGGUCGACGACCACAAAGGUUCUAAACUUCACAGAGACAUCGUACGAUGAUGCUAACAUUAAGAUUGGAUUCUAUGGUGGUGGUGUGGUUGAUGAAAUUGUGGUGGGUGGCACUAUUAUUAGUUUAGAACUCAAUUCAAGUGUAAAUUCAGGUGUGAUACUUCUCGACGCUUCAAAGUACUGGAUAUUGCCAACUGAUAACUACACUGGGUCAUGGCAAGAUGGAGAAUUUGACUUGGAAACAGUGGCAAUGCAUCAAAUAGGUCAUUUACUCGGACUCGAUCACUCUUUUGAGAAUGACUCAAUAAUGUACCCAGCCAUAUUGCCAUCACAACAAAGGAAGGUUCAAAUAUCAGUUUCUGAUAACGAAACCAUCCACCGACUCUAUACCAUUACCAACACAACCAAAGCCGAUGCUAAUUAUGGUUAUGUCGGGUCUAGUUCCGGUCUCAUUACCUCUUUGUUCCUUGGAUUUGCUUUCGUUGCUAUGUUGAACUAGCCUAUUUGAAUAUAUCCUUUGAUUGGGGACUUGCUUUUACAUUUGUUAAAUAAUGAAUAAUAAGUUGGUUCUAUAGUGCAAAAGUGAAGUAGAUGUUAUACCAUGCACAAAUUUAUUUUUUUACUGUUGAAUCAAUCAGUUCUACCAUUAGAUCAAAUUAAAUAUGGUCAGACUUAUUGAUCCAAAAAAGUUCUAAAAAUAAAUUAUGCAUGGUGCACACUGUUUUAUUUGUGCACCGUAGAAUUAUUAUCCUAUAGUUGUGUAUAAUAAUACUUUACUUGCCCCAAUAAAAAACUACUUUAAGUCGUGUGCCAGUUGAUGUAUAAUAAGUUGUUAUUGUAUGAUAUGUAAUAAACAAUUUCAUGUGUAAUAUAUCAUAUGUAAAAAAAGUUUAUUGUUGCGAUACAUCUAUAUAUUUGGUUCUUCG